AUGUCCGGAAGAGGAUUCCAUGCCAGGGAGCAGAAGCUCGUCGUCGUCGGUCUCGGCGGUGUCGGAAAAUCCAGUCUGACAAUGCGAUUCGUCACAUCUCAAUUCUACGACCAAGGCUACUAUCCUACGAUAGAAGAUUCAUAUCGCAAGCAAGUCGUCGUAGACGAUGAAGCAGCCACGCUGGAAAUACUCGAUACCGCAGGCCAAGAGGAAUACGCAGCCAUGGCCGACCAAUGGUACACGUUCGGCUCGGGCUUCUUGCUCGUCUACUCUCUGACAGACCGGCCCACCUUUGAAGAGAUCAAGAACUUUCAUGAAGAGAUCCUGCGGGUAAAGGAUCGUGAUCACGUGCCUUGUGUUGUCGUCUGCAACAAGUGUGACCUGCAAAAGUAUCGCGCGGUAGGGCAGCUGGAAGGACGUGAACUCGCGAGAUCGCUCUCGGCGCCAUUCAUCGAGUGUUCAGCGGCGGACGGGGUGAAUGUCGAUGUGGCCUUUCGCGAGCUGGUCAAGCUGGUCAGAAAGGAUGAACGACGCAUAUCCCUCGCUUCCCAAAGACUCCUCGAAGGCCCCUUCCUCUCCCAACCCCAGCCGUCCUCCCGCGAAAAGGAACGAUACCCAAACCACCACUCUUCCCGAGACAACCUCAAGAGCGGGUCGAAUGGUUAUUCAUCAGGACGUUCACGUCCGGUAAGCAGAAAUGGGAAAGAGGGACAGAGACGGCAGGGUGGAGGAAGGGGAGAGGGGGAAAAGAAGGGGUGUUGUGUGAUUAUGUGA